AUGCACAAUCCCAACGGCACUCUAUUCCAAACCGACGGCAAGUUGGAGACAAAGAAAAACUCAGCAGGCCCUGAGGCCCCUGCACUGGCAAGUCCCAGGCCAUCGAAGCGGCUGGACUCGAAUCAAGUUGGCAAGGCAGCUUCUGACUUUGCUCCGGAUCAAUCUGUUGUGUGGGUUGGCUUCACCCUUGUCAUCAAAGGAGAAAACCUGUCUUCAUCUGAUCUUGUGAUGGUCUCAAACAACUCUUUGAGAUCCAACAACUCUUGCUCCGAUGCUCCUCUUCCUCAGGAAAUAAGAGGAGGAUCUCAGAGGUACCUUGGGCAAGUGUCAAGCGAUGGGAAAAAUGCCACUGCGACCUUUACCUUGCAGGAGCAGUCAGCAGAGUUUGCACAAGUCUGCAUCAAACUUUAUCCCUCAUCGUCAUGGUCCCUCGUCUCCACAAAAUCUUUCAAGAUCAUCGGGCCAAAUGUUUCAUCUGUCUCCCUUGCCUCGUAUCCCGCGGCAGCGGAUCCUACAGUGGUGUACGGUUAUAGUUUGCUGACUUUGAGCUUGAAAGGCAUCGGCAUGAUUAUGCAGAGUACAAGACUUGCUUUCAAACUUCAAGUGGGAGAUUGCGCAGAGAAUCCUUUCUCGUCUGCUAGUAACAUAUUUGGUGGAGACGCAAGAGGGUUGUCAUGGGCAAGCUCAGAUGCUGGAUCGGGCCUCGUGAGUUUUCUUCCUCAGAACGCGAUCAAAAGCCAGGGCUCUCUCACUCUCUGCAUGUCCAGCAAUGAAGGAGCCUUUAAGAAUGUUUUGGUCUUUUCUUCUAUUCGCUGGUUUUCUCGUCAAACCACAAACUUUUUCCCAGUGCAAGAUAUCCUGCCUGCUCUCUCAACCACCAUCACCAUCUCUGGAGAGAAUUUCGAUACAUCUGGUGCUAUACCGUUGUACAUUAAGCUCAGUGAUAGUUGUAACACCUCUGGUGACUCUUCUUUGAUUCCUGGCGGCGACGCCAAACCUGCACAAGUCUUGAGCUCGACCUCUGCAACUUUUACUUUCGCAGCAGGACCUCUGCUGGGUCAUAUCAGUUCUAUCUCGAUCGUUGAGGCAGGUCAGGGAUACGUACCGGGGAAGCUCUUUGCAGCUGCUUCCUCCUCCCGCGCGGUGAUCGGGUCGUUCCUGGUAGGAAGAGCUGGUGACUUGGCGUACACGUUCUUCCGGGAGGACGCGGCUUUCUUUGCUGAGGAGCCUGACAUAUUCCCGAUCUUCGCUGGGUCAGUUCGCUGCGGCAAUGUGACAAGUGACCUGUGCAACAUGACCGGGUCGAUCCCUAGCAUUGCACUUGGAUAUGGUAUCACCCAAGGCUGCGCCCAGGGAGCGGUUAUCUCAGCCGUGUCCAGUGACGGGGGGUACGGAUUUCAAGCAGUCAUCUCAAGUGUGGACAACAACGGCAGGAUUCUAGCGACGACCGUCACCAAUUAUGGGGCCAACUACAAAUCCACCCCGCAGCUGAUCGUAGAGCAGCUGUCGUGCUACUGCGGGACUUACAUCAUCACAGACGCCAACGGGAACUACAUCGUUCAAGGUCUGCAGCAAGGAUCUGUCCCUGGCUCCAUGGACAACUGCAUGACAGCCAACGUGGCCGGGGGGGCUGUGCUUGCCUCUCGAGGACAAUGGAGCGAAAGCUCGAUACGGGUGUGCUCCCGCUUCGGCAACGGCAGCGAGUGGGAGCAGGUCGGGGAUCAGACUAUGACCUUGAAGAGCGUCACGGCAGUCUCGUUGAACCCUUUGAAGGUCACAGCAGGGUUGAGCCAUUCCAUCACUCUGACGGGCACUGGCUUCAUGUCGUCAGGCCCUUGGCAGACAAGAGUGAAGGCAGCGACAGAUUGCUCGGCAAACUCCGAGAGUGACCUGCUUGGAAGCGUCUUGGGAGGGGAGGGAGUGCCCUGCGCUCAGAUCGUUCAAAUAGGGGCCCUGAUGGAAUGUGUCGUGAACUUCAAACUCCGGACCUCAUCCAAGAAUGUUUCCAUAUGCACUAGAGUUGGGGGCAACAGCUACCAGAGGUUUACCUCUGCCUUGCUGGAGAUUGUCAGUUUUCAGAUCCAAUCUGUAACUCCCUCCUUGUUUCCAUCAAAUUCUUUGCAGACCUUGACUGUCAGUGGUCAAAACUUCUUUCCUGUUGCAGCAGAUAAUUUCUUCAUCAAGAUCUGCAGUCAUUUCCACUGUUCAGGUGGUCAGAAUUCAAACGCAGGGGAGCCAUGCGCAGGGCUCCAAGACACGCGAACUUGUUUUAACGGUGCCUCAUGCACCAUCAACGAUGCUUGCGAUAGUCUGACAGAUACAGCGACUACUUCACAAGUGCUGGGGGGCAACCAGACGCUUCCAAGUCUUGUCAAGAGCUGUACAUCGCAGGGAGGGUUCUGCAAUGAGCUUGUAUUCGACGUGACUGUAGCCGCCAUGGUGAACGCGUCGUUAAGGUUGUGGUGGAUAUUUUCCAGCUCGGACUAUGGGCGGAUUGACGGGACUUUCAUCAUGGGGCCUACUGAAGUUGCUGAUGUACAACUAUCUUCUGCUACUCCUCUUUCUUCCCAGACCUUCUUCGUGGAUGUCACAGGCAGCAAUCUUGCAGACUCUCAGCUGGCUCCGAUCAAAUUCAAGUUCAUCAAUGAUACAUCUUGUACAGUCGCCGAUCCCUUCUCUGAUACCUUGUACAUAUUCCCGGGAGGCGAGGGAAGGACAACGAUGGAUGUUCAAGUGCUGAAUAAUGUCUACCAGGCUCGUGUCAACUUCACUCUGUUUGCAACCGCGUACACUCAAGAUACCGUCAACUCGAUUCUGUGCUGGAGGCAGGGGCCGUAUGCUUACCGAGACAUCUGGAACUCCCAGGGUAAGACCUUCCAAGCGAGCAUCGCGACGUCAGUGGUGGAAGGGAUGACACCGAGUGACUAUAUGACUGCCAACUUUGUCGUGGGGAAAACCACCAAACCUUUGUUUGCCUCCAAUCAAGCGAUCAUGUUGACCGUCAAAGGUCAAAACCUGUUCUCAUCAGCACUUUUUGUCAAACCCAUUCGCUUGCCUCAAGGGUUUCAAACCUCUGCAACCUGUGCGACUGCUGCCAACUGCAUUCCCAGCAGCCUCUGCGCUUCUUCAGAUUCUCUCGAUUUCUUUCCCACCUCGGUUGAGCCCCCUCAGUCUGGUACAGCCCUGCUGGUUUAUGAGGUGAAGGAGACGGUCUUCGACGGUCCCAUCGACCUCAUGUUCUGCUGGAACUUCAUGGCGUCAGGGAGCUACGGUCUUCCCUGGCGGGUCAUUGGGACGUACCAGGAGAUUUUCAACUCCCUGACGUUUCAGUUCGAUUACUCUUUCCGCGUUCACAUCCUCAGCAUCAACGGGGCAUACCUGUCACAGCUCAUCGUUCCUCCGACCAUUAUCUCCAACGUUCCCUUCAACCUGACCCUCCAUGUUAAUGGCAUCCCCUGCGAACUCGGCGGUGAGAGCAUGAAAGUGAAGGUCGUAGCUCGGGAUGGAUAUCAGUCGAACUUCAGCGGAGCGAUAGGAGGCGGUUGCUCCCUCAACUCGCUAGACGAUUGGACCGGCGUCGUGACGGGAGGGCAGGGAAUGGUGCCCAAGUGUGUGUCUACAGCAGACGGAAGAACGAGCUUAUCGAUGUUCGAGAUGGAUAUGAACCUGAUAGUCGAUGGCUACACGUCUGUCGAGAUAUGCUGGUCCCCUGCCCAGGGAAACACGAGUUACAUGAACGUCUUCUACCAGGAUUUCAAGGGGUAUGCUCUCUUGGAUAUUCUACCCUUCCAGCUCAACAAGGUCGAGCUGGACCUUGCCUCUUCUUCCUCUACUCCAGCUGUCGUCGUGCAUGACAUGGUCACGUUCCGCCUCUACGGACGGGGACUGAAGAGAACGGGUGUCGGAUCCUCGUUGUUUGCCCUUGCAGAGUCAUGUGACAACAUGACUAGCAUCAUACCCGGAGGGGAAUCGAAACCUCUUGACUGUAUCUUGAACUCCUCACAAGCCUUGGUCACUUUCCGGCCCAAGACUUCAUCUGCCAACGUGUAUCUUUGCUACAAGGCUCCUCAGUCAGUGUUUCAGUGGGUUCAAGUGCUUGCAGGAACUGGUUUGUACUGCGCGCCCCCGCAUUGCGCUGCUACUUCAUGUGCCGCCGGGACCAACUACAAUUUCCAACAAUACCUGUGUGAUGCGAGCUGUUGUGAACAGACCUGUAUGAAUGACAAGUCUUGUACCUACUACCAGACAUUCCUGCAGCUGACUGGAGUCUAUCUCAACUGCUCUACAUCGUCACAAUGUAACAAAGUCCUGACUUCGGUAAGACCCCCGGUGGUGAACAAGAAGCAGUUCCUUACCCAGUCCACGUGGGUGACUUCGCACGUGUCUGUCCCAAUCUCUGCUCCUGAUGUGAGAUCGGUAACUCCUCAGACGCUGCCCAAGUUGCGGGCAAGGUCCUCCUUCGUCGUCAACCUCCAAGGGUCAGGAUUCGCUCCAGAAAACCUUCAGGUACACAUCAAAGUCUCCUCGUUCGCAACAGGCUGCAACAACCUCACUCUCUACAACGAGACGCUUGCCAAGUUCGACUUGCUCUUGAACCAGCGAGCCACAGCCUACGCCGAGAUCGAGCACAGGCUCAACAUGACUUACAACGGCACCUGCGCCAAGGGGAUAGCCAACUGCCUCGGUGGACCAGCUCCUCCCGGCACCCCCUGCACCUCCGACGCCAACUGCCCCAACGGCAUCUGCGACCAGCCCAACAACGGCAUGACCUGCUUGCUUGACAGCCAGUGCAAGUACGCAGGCUUCUGCAACAACUCGCUCUACAACCUGUCGAUAUCGCCGCUGCCUGUGCCUCCUCCCUUCAGCAUCCCCAACAGGGCCUACGACUCCUUCGGGACCCUGCCCGGAGGAGGAGGCAGGUUUGUCAACGUCACCAACUUCAGCUUUGCCUUCUCGAUCUUCAACAUCAACUCAACAGGAAGAGGGCUGAUCUGUGUCGCCAGCCGAGACCCUAUCCGAGAGGAGCAGUACGUCAAGAACGGCGUCAUCGUGGACAGAAGGCUCAUCGUGUCAAUGUUCACAUACAAGGCAUAUUACAGCAUAGAUGUGCAAGGCCCUGUGAUCUACAACGUGUUCCCCUCCCAGACGUUUCGAUUCGUGACCACGAGGUUCAGUCUUGGAGGAUACGGUCUGCACGAGACCGACAAGAUUAAGAUUGUGAGCAGAGCAGCUGGGUGUGGUGGGAAUGACACCGACGGGGCUGUGCUGGGAGGUGAAGGCAGAUUUCUCUCGUUUGUCAACCCACUGCGGACUGGUGCGACUUUGGUGUUCACCAUCACGGAGCCCUGGAGCUCUCAGGUUGCGGACAACGAGUACUUGCUCUGCUAUCUUGCCGUCCUCCCGCAGGAAAUCGUCUCUUACAGACAAGUUGGGCACUUGAUUCUCUACAACAGCCCCCCGCUGAUAGUUGGACUGUCGUCUUCACCACUCUUCUACUAUCAGACCUCCGUCCUGACUGUCUCCGGCCUUGGGUUGGGAGCGGCAGAAAAGGUGAAACUGAUCUCCGAGCAUCUGACCUGCUCGGGCUCCAACUCGGACGAGGCCAACUAUGACCUCUACGGAGUGAUCAACGGCAGUUGGCCGACCUUUCUCUCUUUCCGCGAGUACUCGUUCGAUGCCUUGACUGCCAACAACUUCUCAAACUUUGCCUACGUCGGCAAGGCUUUGGCUCACUUCUUGAUCACGUCUGUGUCAGCCAACAGCUCCCGGUGCAAAGUUUGUCUCAAGUUUUCGAGCUCGAACGUGUAUGGCUAUCCAGCUGGCUACUCGUACGUCGGGGACGCGCAGGUCGAGCUUCCGAGAGUCGAGAGCGUCUGGCAGGAGCCCAUCGUGAUGGAGGAGCCGCAACAGGUUGCGAUCAGAGGACGAGGCCUCCUAACUCAGCUACCUCUUCGAUGCCUCCUGAUCCAGACGACCUACCGCUGCUCUCAACCCGACUUGAUCGGCAGGGCAGUCGCAGGAGGCGACUCUUGCACGCUUGACAAGCUUGUAUCAUCGGAAUCAGCGUACCUCGGCGUCUUCAUCCCGAGGAUCCAAGAGCAGCAGGUCAAACUUUGUAUUCAACUGGCGACGGAGGAAUGGAGGGAGGUUGGGGUGCUGCCUCUGAUCGGGGUAGACAUCAUCAACGUUUCGCUCAUGACGUACGGCAGUGGGACCGGGCUGGACAGCCUUGCCGUCAGCCAGCCGUUCUACCUGAAGUUCACCUUCGUCGGGAGGUUCUUCAACGAUUAUGUGAAACUUGUUCCUGGGAAUGUGACGUGCGCCGGUACCGAUGACUUCGCCGAUGCUCUGGCGGGAGGAGAAGGAAAAGUCGUCAACGAGUCAGGGGUUGUUGAGUAUCCCAACGGCAUCCAACGGACGCAACAGGUGACGGCAGCUACCGUCAAGACGUGCAUGUCAAAGUACAUGUCGCAAGGAUACCAGGACUCCACCUACGUCUGGAACCUGACGCAGAGGAGGGUAGAUUACUUCCUACCGCAGCAGGUACGGAAAGACUUGUAUUCGACCUUGAACUUUUACGGGAAAGGGCUUGCUUACAGCAACGAAGUGAUUCAAAUCUAUGUUUGCACGAGCAGUGAAUGCUCGCAACCAAUCGUGACAGCACCUUUGAAACUUGAUCUCCUGGAGAAUGGGGAGAUGGGAUCUAUCGAGCUGAAUUUCAGUACAGCCGGUGAGUUUGAGGUGUACUGGAGUAUGGGAGGACAGGAGAAGCAUCAGUUAGCAAACUUGACAGUGGUACCAACAUCUUUUAUCACUUCUCUCUUCCCUACAGGCGCAUGGGUCGGCAACACUACCAAGUUUGUGGUUGGUGGCGUCGGUUUGACGUCCAGCAGUCAAGUUCGCUUCGUCGAAGUUCAGAGCUCUUGCAAAGAUGCUCCUUCGAUCGCUGGCGGCAACGCGUCAGUGCUGAACGUGUCGAACUCUCAGCAGGCGACUAGCGUGCCGUAUCACUUGAAGCAAGUUGGCACUGUGAAGCUGUGCUAUGCUCAAGAUGCAAGUAGCUUCUUUGAGGAGACGAGGAUGACGGUAGAGCUGAGGCAGUGGACUGAGCCUCUCCUGUUCCUUCCUCAAGCUGACUACAAGAAGGACGUUCAGAGGGUAGAGGCAGGUAUGACCGACGAGCUGCCGCCUUGUAUCCUCACCUACCAGUCGCGAUGGAUCCUUCACGGCCCUGGCAACGGCAUCGAGGUCGAGACGCCCGCAAUCCUAGACUGGAACAGCUCGUCUCGUUGCUACAGCAGCCCAUCUGUCGUUCCUGCCGCCUACCCCAAGAGAGGCUACGUGGCUCCUGGGAUUGACAUGCGGCUGGUCAACGCGUACAGAAACGUUCCCGUUGAUCUGCUUGUUAUCGCCGAUUCUGGAGCGGUGGAUGUGAUUUACAUAGCGCGAUCAGCCUGCCAUGGCGACUCGCUCGACCCUCUUGUAGACCCGGUCACCGCGCACGUGCGGGGAGGAGAACCUCAACGGCUGAACGAGAGUGACAUGGUGGAUGUGACAGAGUCCUUCUGCCUGGGAGAGGGGCCGGGGCUGCCUCUGUCCCCUCCCGUCCUCGCGUACAAGGUCAGGUUCACCUUGCAGGACGAAUCUCCCGUCGGCGAGUUCCACAAGAUCUGCCUGGCGGCGUACAGGUUCGGAGUUUCGUUUGCCAUACAGUCUCUAGACUUGAAGGUUCGACCCCCCCACCUCCUGGCCAUGGAGCCACCAACCAUCUUCUCGGGUCUCAAAGUCAAGUACCUCCUGCACGGCAAGGGACUUGCUGCUGGCGAUCAGGUCAAGGUGAUCGAUGGGGAUACUCCUGGCUCCUGUGCCAACGCUGAUCAGCAGCCCAACAUACCUGGAGGACAAGUCUUCACUCUGAACGCGUCGGCUACUGACCUGUACACAUCUGAGAUAGAGAUGCAGCUUCUGCUUCCCUUCAGACACGCCAGGAUGUGCUAUCAGUACCAGGGGUCAGAGGUGUGGGAUGAAAUGACGUACCCGUUGAACCUGAGGACUAGCGGUUACAUCUAUGGUUACUUCGAUUCUAUGCACUUCCUGUACGGAGAGACGCUCUACCCCCAGCAGGCGAGCAACCAGCUCUUCAGCAGAAACCAGACCAUCUCUGUGAUAUCCCCUGAGGACGUAUACGUCAACCAACAGGACUGGUACUGUCGAACGCCCCUCACCAUCACUGUUCAUGGCAACGGGCUGUCGGACAAAGGCAAGUAUGUCAUCGUUCCGUCCCGAUACGCGUGCGGAGGGACGUCGGUGAACCUCAACAAUAUCAUAGCAGAGGCCUCGAGUGCAGAGCCACAGGUUCACCUCAUCCCCGUCAGCGAGGGUGAUCCUCGUGGGCCGACCUCUUACAGCAACGACCCUCUGCUGUCGUACCAGUAUCUGUCAUACUGCCAAGGCACCCGACAGGUCGAUGCUUGCACAAGAGAUCAGCUUUCAACUCAGAACACGGUCUCCUUCUCUGGUUUCCCAGUAUCAGCCAUCGGGCAAGUCCGUGUUUGCUUCAAGUAUGACUUUGCGUCGGAAUACAUCGACAUCGGCAACUUCAGCAUCAAGGCCCCUAUCAUCUCCAGCCUCUCCCCAUCUCAACGGCUUCUUCUCAACAGCCCGCAAGAGUUCACUGUGCUGGGAGUCUCUUUGUCCUCCGAUGACUUUGUCAAGUUCGUGGACGGCGAAUCUUGUGUAGCAAGGAUUGCUUCUUAUCCCUACACCCCUCAACUUCGAGCAGCCACCGACGGCAAGUCAGCAUCCUUCUCGUUGUUGCUGGUGGGAGCAGGAACCUACACUAGCGGCACUCGCAAGCUCUGCUACUCGUACGAUAGCGGCACUAGUUUCCUUGACACAGGCCUUACCGUCACCGUCGUCAGCCCGCAGGUAGUCGGCGCUUUUCCCUUGACAACAGCAGUCGCAGCUGACCGGAGGAUCUGGUUUUACGGCGACGCCAUUACGAGCCUGGACAAGGUGAAGCUGAUCCACUAUGACAGCACGUGCAAGGGAUCCGACGACAUGAGCGAUAUAGUGCUGGGAGGCGAGGCUAGGCUUCUUGUGACCGCCCGAUCGUCCCUGUACGAGUCUUGGCCGAACGGGUCGGCUGUCUUCAAGCUGCUGCGCGUUGGAUCUGCUCGGAUCUGCUACCUGCACAAGGGAGGGGCCGGCUGGACUGAAGUUCUGUCUCCCGAGGGUACGGCGAUACGAGUGACGACUAUCGAUACUGCGGAAGAGGCGCUAGGAAUACUGAGCUCUGCUGCGUCCUGCUGCGAGACGAGGCUGCUCCUCCUGUAUGCACAUAUUUCCGCGUGCAAUGUAAAUAAUGUUCAUUAUGGAGCUGAUAAGAAUUGUGAAUGA